GUGAACGUGGAGAGCCAGGACCAAAGGGUGAACCAGGUCCUCCAGGAAUGACAGGUCAGGAUGGAUCUGAGGGUCCUUUGGGUUCUCAUGGACCAAGAGGAAUUGCGGUCCGAGGUCCAGUGGGUCCUCCUGGAGAGCGUGGUGAAAAAGGAGAAACUGGAAAACCUGGAUCACAGGGUCCUCCUGGUCCACAAGGUCCUAAGGGAAAGAGUGGCAUGCCAGGACCAAAGGGAAUCCGUGGCUUAGAAGGAACUCCAGGUGCACCUGGGCCUACGGGACUACCGGGCUUUCAAGGUAUGCCAGGCUUAAGAGGAAAUGCAGGUGAAAGAGGGCCUCCUGGGGAAGUUGGACCAAUUGGGCUUCCAGGGCGUAAAGGAGAACGAGGAGAAAAG